UCUAUAAUCUAUGAAUAUAUGAAAAGACAAGUGCAACUUGAGCAGCCAGUGUUGACACUGGCAGAUCCCACCCCACAAACCAGUCAGUCUUCCUGGUCAAAUGAUGUAUUUGCAUUUUUGUUUGCAUUAGACUCAUACCCUUAAAAGCUGCAGCAUGUAUCAAGGGAGGAGCAGUGCAAAUCUAGUUUUGAGCCAGGGGCUGGCCUGUCAUCCCCCUCUCAAAGGCUUGUCAUUCCAGUGACAAUGGCCUUUGAAUGCAUCUCCCCGCACCUGAUUACCCCCGCCCAUAACUGAUGUGAGCUCUGCCUCUGCCCUCCUAUUCGAAAUCCCACCCAGCAGCCUGUGGUGAUGUUGCAAGAGAUUUCAUCUUGCGAAGUGGCCUUUAUGCCUGAACCAACUGCAGCCAAGCAAGCAGAUGCAAAGAUCAGUUGGCCCUAGUCCAGAAAACCAAUAGUGAAGCUGUACCCGGAGCCUGAGAGGUACUGGACCCCAUUCACCCAUGCUGGAGGAGCUCAAAGGCAGGACCUAGCAAGCUGUACAGCAGUAGGUCUCUGUCCUACUGCUGAUCUUCCCCAAAUGGGCUGUUGAAUCCUAAUUUCGUGGACCUGUCCACCUGGGAUUGCCGUGGUUGUGGAACUCAACUCAAAGUGGGUAAGUCUGAAGCCCAAAGGUCUUUGCUGCCCAUCAACUCCUUCCUGACAAAGGGCUCCUGAGCCAUUGUGGGAUGGAGAGAAGAGGACCGUGGCACGUGGUGCUUUUGAAUAUGUCCUUUGAGGGCUGCAUGGGCCGACCCUGGCGAUGAAGAGCCUGCCAGAUGGAAAUCUCAGGACAUCUCUAUCACUCAUGUCCUGACUCUGCAAAGGACCCUUUUGGAGCCCUGGGAGCUUGGAAAGGAGACACUUGAAUCAUUUGCAUGUACUCACUGCUUGUUCUACCAGAGAGGAGUUACAUCACGUUCAAGCACAGAGGCAGAUCCCCUUUUUCUCAGCAUGGGAGUUUUCCGGAACAGCAGCUGGAGAUCAUUCAAUACUGCCUAGACCACUGCAGGGGCAUCAGACAAGCGUUCUCAGAUACACUCAUGGAGGCGACGGGGCAGAAGAAAGGCUUCCUCGGCAAGCAGUUCUUCGCUGUGCUUCUCUUCCAUUUCUUCUUCGGCAUCUGCUUAUUUACCUACAUUCGGCAAACCAGGGAACCAGAAUCAGCGCCCUGCAGUUACCCUCCCUCAACCCUGCCAAGCUCACUAGCCUCGCCAGAAAACACCUCAAGCCCAGAAAAGAAAGCCCCAGAGCUGACCAUCUUGCUCUGGACUUGGCCCUUUGGGCAAAGUUUUCCUCUGACAAAAUGCUCCACGUUGUUUGGCAUCCCUGACUGUCACAUGACAGCCGACCGCAGCUGGUACCACAAGGCCGAUGCUGUGGUUAUGCAUCACAGGGAUGUUUAUUCCGGUCCGAGCAGGCUCCCGCGGGAGCCGAGACCCCCUUUCCAGCGCUGGAUCUGGUUUAACUUGGAGUCUCCCAGCCACAGCCCAAACCUGGGCGCCAUGAACGGUAUCUUCAACAUGACCAUGUCCUACCGAAAGGACUCUGACAUCUUCUCACCCUAUGGGAGCCUGGAGCUCCUCAGGCAGCCCCACAACUUCACCAUCCCAGCCAAGACCAAGCUGGUGGCCUGGGUGGUGAGCAACUGGAACCCAGGCUCACGGCGGGUGCAAUACUACACCGAGCUGAAGAAGUACAUCCACGUGGAUGUGUAUGGCCGUCAGCACAAGCCUCUGUCACAGGAACAGUUCCUCCCCACUCUGUCCCAGUACAAAUUUUACCUGGCCUUUGAGAACUCUCUGCACGAGGACUACAUCACUGAGAAGCUCUGGAAGAAUGCCUUGACCUCCGGGACCGUGCCAGUAGUUUGCGGGCCUCCCCGGCAAAACUACGAGCGCUUUUUGCCCCCGGACUCCUUCAUCCACAUUGACGACUUUCCCAGCGCUCUGGAGCUGGCUCAGUACCUUGAGCAGCUGGAUAAGGACCCCGUGCGCUACGAGCGCUACUUCCAGUGGCGAACCUGGCUGAGACCCUACAUCACGCCAGGCUGGAUCUUUCACUACUGCAACGCCUGCCAGGUUUUGCAGAGGACAGAGCGCUACCAGACCAUGCGUAGCUUGAGUACCUGGUUCCGGUAACCCAUGCAGGCACGGUGCUCUGUUGCCUGAUGUGGGCUGUUUUCUGCUGGCUUGAUUGCAAUUAGCCAGGAGAGAGGCAUGAUUUGGAUUGCACAGAAACACGACUGCAUUUGGUAAAGACUGGGGGGAUGUCCUUACCAUCACAGCCAAUGGGACCUAGUGCUCCAGUGGAACUUAGGUGUUUGAAUACUUUUCUGGAUCUGGCCCGUAUUGAGGCAGUCUCAUUCUCAGAGGUUAGGAUGCCUUAAUUAAUGCGGCUGUGGGGUUUUAAUGGUACAGAUUAAGCCUGGAGAGUGGGAGCAAUCUGGUCAUAUCCUCCGGAAAUGAAGGAAGAGGAGGCUUGCCUCUCUGGUUCGGGCAUGGGGUAAGAGUACACGUAGUCAGAGGGUCAACACUUUGUCAGGGCAGCAAAUGCAAAAACCAGGCGGCACUGCAUGGCGGGCGGUCUGUGGGUCCCAGAGGGAGCCGUAAACCCUCUUGAAUGCAGGUGUCUCUCCAAAGGCACUUGCCAACAGGAGCUCUUGCUGACUCGGGGUCUGUGAGGGGUCACAUCCUGCCUCCUGAGGUGCGUUCAGUAACUGUGACAAUAAAGAAGAUGCUCUCUC